AUGUUUCCAAAGUCCAGCCGCGGCAGGCACGAACGCCCGUCUUCCUUGAAAGAGGGCCGCACCACGCAAGACGGGACGGCCGCGGCGCCGCCCGCGUCCCCGUUUCCGCGCCUCGCCAAGUCCCUGGACCACUUGCGGCCGUCGUACGACUGCGUCGUCAUCGGGUCCGGGUACGGCGGCGGCGUGGCCGCGUCGCGCAUGGCCCGCGGCGGGCAGUCCGUGUGUGUCCUCGAGCGAGGCGGCGAGAAGUGGCCCGGCGAGUACCCGACCGGCCUGCGCCAGGCGGCCCGGCAAGUCCACGUUUCGGCAGGGCGGGCCGGGGCGUGCGGGAACGCCAUGGGCAUGUUCCACAUCGUGGCGGGCAAGGGCCAGAGCGCCGUUGUCGCCAAUGGGCUUGGUGGCGGUAGCUUGAUUAACGCCAAUGUCUUUCUCGAGGCAGAUGAGUCGACGCUGUCCUCGGAACUAUGGCCGUCGGAAAUCCGGCAAGACCCGGCCUACUAUCAACGAGUCCGAGAAGUGCUAGAACCCGAGCCGUAUCCCCAGAGUUGGCCCGUCCUCGACAAGACCGUGCGCCUCCAGCAGCUGGCCCAGGCGCUCGGCUUGGCGGACCGCUUCUACCGCGUGCCACAGACGACGCGCUUCCGGCCCGGCAGCAACAGCGUCGGCGUGUCCAUGGCGCCGUCGACGCUCAGCGGCCAGGACGCGACGGGCAUCAACGACGGGUCCAAGACGACGACGCUGGUCACGUACCUCGCCGAUGCGUGGCACUGGGGCGCCGACCUGUUCUGCGCGUGCGAGGUGCGGUAUAUCGAAAAGGCGGCCGCGGAGCUCGGCGGCUACCUCGUCUACUUUGCCACACACGACCGCGCGCGUGCCGCGUUUCCCAAGGAUCGCUACGCGGAGCUGUCGUGGGUGCAUGCGAAAAAGGCCGUGUUUCUGGGCGCCGGGUCGCUCGGCACGACUGAGAUUUUGCUCCGGAGCAGGGCCAUGGGCCUCGCCGUGAGUGACUUGGUCGGACAGGGCAUGAGCGGCAAUGGCGACAUGCUGGCGUUUGGAUACAAUACAAACCGCGGAGCGCUUGCGAGUACGAACCGGAAGCAGACGUUUACAGAUCGAGAAGGGCCUGCCAUCACCUCCACUAUCGACAUGCGUGACAAGACUGGCAAUCCGCUUGACGGAUACGUCAUCCAGGACGGAGCAGUCCCGACAGUCUUGUCAACAUUUGUCAACACCGUGGUUGGCAGCCAGGCGACCGUUCGGCUCGAGGACGAUAAGCCCGUCCUUGAGUUCCUGGGGGCCGGCCACAAUGAAGAACGCGUGGAAAGAAUAAUGGCGCCCCUCAGGAAAGUCAUCGAGGAAGAGGGAGGCACAUUGGUCUAUAAUCCAUUGCUCCGUCUCUGGGGCAAUCACCAAAUCACUGUCCAUCCUCUUGGCGGCGCGAGCAUGUCCAGGGACAACAGCGGAAAGAGUGGCGUCACAAACCACGUUGGCGAAGUCUUUGCUGGCCAGCAGUCGGAAACGCACGCUGGUCUGAUUGUGGUGGACGGUGCCGCGAUUCCUGCUGCGUUGGGGGUGAAUCCCAGCGCCACGAUUGCUGCCUUGGCGGAGAGGUCCGUUGCCGCGUUUGCCAAGAGACAAUCGCUCACCAUUUCUACAAAGUCAAACGGCACCAUCAAUCUUGAUGCGCCGGCUUUUGCCCACAAACUUGGCCGAGAACCAACGCAGCCCUCCACCCAGACCCUGAAACGACUUGUCAAUCCCAUCUCCUUUACAGAACUAUUGGAAGGAUACCUUUAUAGCGACACGGCUAUCAAGUUGUGCAAUAGAGCGUCAUACGAGCGUGCAUAUCGAAUGGCUAGCGGUCGUGGACAAGUAGCGCGGCUGUUGGCGAGCAUUCAGCUUGAGAGGACGACGCCAAGACCGAAGGAAACUUGCUACAAAGGAACCGUUUCUGGUACGCUGGUGUGUCCUACCAUCCAGGGCUCGCCGUUUAUGCUGCACGGUGGUACCAUUGACCUUUUUCAGCCGGACCUGGACAGGUGCGGGACAAGCAAGCUCGUCUACGACUCCCCCAUGACGGGUACGAAUGGACGGUCACUGCACCUGCACGGCGUCAAGAUUCUCGAUGCCUCCGUCUCACUCAGCCCCAGGAAGCUAUGGCGGGCCAUGACCAGCCUGCUCGUCACCAUUGCCGACAACAGCGGCAGCGAUACAGUCGCCGCCGGGAUACUGAAAGUAAAGCCCGGCCCGUUCCUCAAGCAGCUGCGGACACUGACCGCGACCGGACAAGACCGAGCGGAGCGGUGCAGGCGGGUCAUGCAGCUGUCGUCGCAUUUUGUGCGCCAAAUGGCGCCGCACUUCUUCCUGCCGCUGGGACCCCUGGAGUACGCGGCGACGCCGCCGCUCGGCGACUUCACGAACCCGACGGAGCCGACGGCGACGUACCAGAUCGUGGCCCAGGACGGCGUGCAGACGAGGCUGCUCAUGUGGGAGCCGGACCCCGCGCACGUGGCCAGGGACGUCCUCGGCACGCCGGUGCCGACGGAGAACCUAUUCAUGAUCCCCGGCGCCGGCGUGGACCACCAGAUCUUCGCGCUGCCCACCAUUGCCACCAACGCGGUCAACUACUUCACGCGCGCCGGCUACCGCGUCUUUGUCCUCGUGCACCGCAUCGGGCGGCUCGAGCACGCCGACCCAAGCAACGAAUGGACCACGUACGACGCGCGGCUCGACAUCCGCGCCGGCCUGGAAAAGACGCGCCAGCUCCAGGGAAGCGGCAAGCUGUACACCAUUGCGCACUGCAUGGGCUCCGUCGCCUUCUCGUGCGGGCUGCUCGACGGCACCGUGCCCGCCGACUGGAUCCGCGGCAUCACCUGCAGCCAGGUCUUCAUGCACCCGGUCUGGGGCGGCAGCAACCGGCGCAAGGCCGCGCUGCCCGUGUCGCUGGACCGGCUGCACGCCGCCACGCUCGGGCCGUGGUUCCGCUGCGCCGCCUCCCCCUCCGCCGGCGGCGGCGCCCGCCAGGCGCUCGUCGACCAGCUGCUGCGGUUCGCGGGCUCGGAGCGCUGCGCGAGCGCGAGCUGCCACCGCGUCGGCUUCCUGUUUGGGCGCUGCUGGAACCACGCCAACCUGAACGAGGCGACGCACCGGCACGUCGACGCCUUCUUUGGCGGCGCCAGCAUGGCGCUGAUGCAGCUGCUCGUGCGCAUGGGCCGGCGCGGGCGCGUGACGACCAACGGGCCGGCGUUUGCGCCGCUCGACACGGACCCGAAUGUGCAGCGGCUGCGCGGGAUCCCGAUUUUUCUGUUUUCUGGCGCCGAGAGCGACGUGCUCUCGCCCGAGGCCACGGAGAAGACGUAUGAGCGGCUGUGUACCACGUUUGGGCUCGCGGCGCCGCCGGGGGCGCCGAGGCCCGGGCUGCAGUACCGCAGGAGGGUCGUGCAGGGGUACGGGCAUCUCGACUGCUGGAUGGGACGCGAUGCCUACAGGGACGUGUAUCCGAUGGUGCUGGAUGAGGUUGAUCGGGUGGUGAGGGGGGAAGAGUGGUCGGCGCUGGUGCGUGGAUAG